ACUGGCUCAGAGGACAGACCAGUUCCCCUUCACAUCCUGCAUCCCUGAUCUUGCCAUCCCGCUCCUGUCAGCAGCGCCAGUCUUGGCCGGCCUUCCUGCUCCUGAACUAGGAAGGAAAGAUCUGCUCCAUCAUGUCUAUUGAGAAGAUUCACGCCCGGGAGAUCCUGGACUCUCGUGGGAAUCCUACCGUUGAGGUGGAUUUGUACACAGAAAAAGGAAUGUUCCGGGCAGCUGUCCCUAGUGGGGCUUCCACUGGCAUCUACGAAGCACUGGAGCUGCGUGACAACGAUAAAUCCCGAUUCCUUGGGAAAGGGGUCUUGCAGGCGGUGGACCACAUCAACAGCACGAUUGCCCCUGCUCUCGUGAGCUCUGGGCUCUUGGUGGUGGAGCAAGAGAAGAUUGACAACCUCAUGCUGGAAAUGGAUGGGACAGAGAAUAAAUCUAAAUUUGGAGCCAACGGCAUCCUGGGUGUUUCCCUGGCUGUGUGCAAAGCGGCGGCUGCGGAGAAAGAUGUCCCCCUUUACCGGCAUAUCGCUGACCUGGCUGGAAACUCAGAUCUUAUUCUUCCAGUACCUGCCUUCAAUGUGAUCAACGGGGGCUCCCAUGCUGGAAACAAGCUGGCUAUGCAAGAGUUCAUGAUCUUGCCUGUUGGGGCAGAGAGCUUCCGAGAUGCCAUGCGCAUUGGUGCUGAAGUCUAUCACAAUCUCAAGAGCGUGAUCAAGGACAAAUACGGCAAAGAUGCCACCAACGUAGGAGAUGAAGGAGGCUUUGCCCCCAACAUCCUGGAAAACAGUGAAGCUUUGGAACUCCUGAAGGAAGCCAUUGAGAAAGCGGGCUACACUGAUAAGAUUGUGAUUGGCAUGGAUGUGGCCGCCUCAGAAUUCUACAGAGAUGGCAAAUAUGACCUGGACUUCAAAUCCCCAGAUGACCCCAGCCGCUACAUCUCCGCUGAUGAACUGGGGGACCUCUACCAAAGCUUUGUACGAGAUUACCCAGUGGUGUCCAUUGAAGAUCCAUUUGAUCAGGAUGACUGGGAAGCCUGGUCCAAAUUCACGGCCAACGUUGGGAUUCAGAUUGUGGGGGAUGACUUGACAGUGACCAAUCCCAAGCGCAUUGAGCGAGCUGUUGAAGAGAAGGCCUGCAACUGCCUCCUCUUAAAGGUCAACCAGAUUGGAUCAGUGACCGAGGCCAUUCAAGCCUGUAAACUGGCCCAAGAGAAUGGCUGGGGAGUGAUGGUGAGCCACCGGUCAGGGGAGACUGAAGACACCUUCAUCGCUGACCUGGUGGUGGGACUUUGUACUGGGCAGAUAAAGACUGGAGCUCCAUGCAGGUCUGAGCGACUGGCAAAAUAUAAUCAGCUAAUGAGGAUUGAGGAGGAGCUUGGCGAUGAAGCCCGCUUUGCUGGGCACAACUUCCGUAACCCGAGUGUCCUAUAAAUACUGCCCUAGGUACACUCUAGCUUGCCUGCUAAUUCCCGUUGCACAGACUCUUUGAGUGCUCCUUAGACCGCAUCCCCCAUCUUCCCCAUUCCUCUCUCUUCUGGUCCGACUCCAGCUACCUGGUCUCUUCUCCUGAGUCUUCUUCCCCUAAACCCUCCUCCACUGGAAUUACCCAAGAUCCACCAAGAAUGGCUCUCCCCGCUACCCAUCAUGGUGCAGUGCUGCAAGCCAGCUUUGUGUGUAUUGCACAGUGUCUGCUCUCUGGGCCUGCUUGAACCAUCGAUCGACCUCAGUGUAAAACAGUGGGAGUGUGUCUGCCGGGGUAUGCGGCCAGUGUGUGCAGUUUUAAAGGUUGUCCUUAGAGCAGAGUGCAAAUUGUGCUCUGUUUUUGGCUCCAGGUUCUGUCUUUGUUGUUACCGCUUGGAACAUCAGGUGCUGUUUUGCUUGAUGUGAGUUGUACUGUCCCUAAUUAAUUGCUCUCUGUGUUUGUGUACUGCAAUACCUGAGCCAGAAGCUGGUUGCAUUUGAUCAGAAAGUUAUAGAAAGUUACAGAGAAAGUUUUUGUCUGAAACACAAAGGCAAGUUAUGCUGCUACGAUACACUGGGUCAUUGUGCCAUGCUUUGUGGGGUGUUGUGGGUCAGUGCAUUUGUGGGUGUGUUGUUGCAGUCAGCACCCUGCUCAGAUUGCUUUCCCUUUUGUUGCCCUCUGGAUGUUUGGUCACACAGCACUCUCUCCCUCAUCACGUUUUCCCCAUCUUGCUCUCCUGUCACUUCUGCUUUGACCUCCAGAAGUUUCACCCUCAACUGAGCAACAGUGACAAGUAAUAGGAAAACAAGGAACACCUAGGGAAAAAAAAUCUACCAACAGAGAAACCCUCAAUUAAAUUUGUUUCACACCUGCUUCUGCCUGAA